AACCAUUUCCUCUGUGUUCUGCUGUUCUCCCUGUAGCACGGAACAGAGGGUUCAAAUAAUUAGCUGCAUCACACACCGUUUCUGCCAUAAUUCAAUUUUCAUGGAGUUUGAGAUUGAUGGUACUGGCGAGACAGUAGCAAAUGCUGCUAUAGAUGAGAUUAGUAGCGUGGCUGAUGACAACAGAGAAGGUGAAUCUAUCGAACCAAAUUACAAACAAGAUGAAGGUGAUAAUCUUGCUCAAGAUUCCUCUGGGAUCACAAUCCCAUUUGCAAUUCCCACAGUAUCAGUUGUUGCAGUUGAAGAGCCGUAUGUGGGUCAGGAAUUUGAGUCAGAAUCAGCAGCACAGGCAUUUUACAAUGCAUAUGCCACAGAUGUUGGAUUCAUCGUGCGUGUGAGUAAACUGUCGCGAUCAAGGCGUGAUGGAACUGCCAUUGGACGUGCUCUUGUUUGCAACAAAGAAGGUUUCAGAAUGCCUGACAAGCGUGAGAAGAUUGUGAGGCAAAGGGCUGAGACCAGGGUCGGUUGCCGGGCAAUGAUUAUGGUGAGGAAAGUUAGUUCUGGCAAAUGGGUUGUUACAAAGCUUGUAAAGGAACAUACACAUCCUUUGACUCCUGGUAAAGGAAGAAGGGAUUUCGUUUAUGAACAAUAUCCGAAUGAACAUGACAAAAUUCGGGAACUAUCUCAGCAGUUGGCAUGUGAGAAAAAGCGAUCUGCAACCUAUAAAAGACAUCUUGAACUGAUAUUUGAGCACAUUGAAGAGCAUAACGAGAGUCUUUCAAAGAAAAUACAGCACAUAGUAGACAGUGUGAGGGAGAUGGAAACCAAAGAACAACAGAGUCAACUCUAAUGAUAGGUUGAACUUGUGAUGUGAUAGUUUUGGUGGGUAGAAGAAACUAGUUCGGUGAAUAUGUAUAGGUUCUUUGAGUCCAUUCUUGUGGAGCAGUACCAUUAAUGUAAUCACUCCUUGUAGAAUCUCAUUCUUCCAUUUU